AUGAUUGGUAGUGAUAUAUAUCAUAUUGUUAUUGACUUUUUAUUAACUGAUUCUGAUUAUAGAUAUUCGAACAUAGAGAUUAUCGAAAUUGAUAUAAAUAUUGAACCAACAACAAAAACUAUUCCUACAUCAUCAAAUUCUAUAAUGAGUUUAUCAUCUAAAUUAUCAACAAAUACUAUUGAACCAAUAAAGGCUAAACUGAUUGGUGAUGGAGUCAUACGUCUUUUUAGGGAGUUUUAUGAUGAUGAAAAUGAAGAGGAAUAUCAACAAGUAACGCAGGGCGAUGAUACAAUGCUAGCUAUAUUAGCACUACCUACAUAUUUUACAGCCACUGAUCUUUUGGGAUAUAUUGGAGAAUCAUUUAUUAGUUCCAUAUCACAUAUAAGAAUACUUAAAAGUGAUAAACAAAAUAGAUUUUUGGUGUUGAUCAAAUUUAGAGACAUAUUUAAAGCAGCACAAUUUAAAAAUUAUUUUGAUGGAAAAUCUUUCAAUUCUAUGGAACCAGAAUCAUGUCAUGUAGUUUAUGUUAGAUCUGUUCAAUUAAAUUAUCCAACUCAGGAAAUUGAAGAAUUAGAAACCUUAAUACCUUUUUUAUUACAAGAUCCAUUUACUUCAAAGUUGGUAACAGAAGCAGAAAAUUUAUCAAAUAAAUCAUUAAUCGAAUUACCAACAUGUCCAGUUUGUCUUGAGAAAAUGGAUUCAAGUAUGACAGGUUUAUUAACAAUUCCAUGUCAACAUACAUUUCAUUGUCAAUGUUUAUCAAAAUGGAAAGAUGAUUCAUGUCCAAUUUGUCGUUAUUCACACAAAUUAACUAAUUUGUCAAUUAUUAAAAAUCAAAGUAAUAGACUACUAAAUAGAAGGGAAUCGGUUAAUAAUAAUUCCGAGGUUAAUAAUAAUAACAGUGAUAACGCCAUUACAGAAGAAUAUGAAAAUUGUUCAGAAUGUUCAGAAAGUUCAAAUUUAUGGAUCUGUCUUAUCUGCGGUAAUGUAGGUUGCAGCAGGUAUGCGCCUGAGCAACAUUCAUUGAAGCAUUUUAUAAAUACAGGACAUUGCUUUGCAAUGGAAAUAUCUACAAGUAGAGUGUGGGAUUAUGCAGGAGAUAAUUAUGUUCAUAGAUUAGUUACAAAUGAAUCUGAUGGUAAAUUGGUUGAAUUACCAGAUAAUGAAAAGUCAAGUAAAUAUUCAGCAAAGUCCAAUAAUAAUGAUAUUGAUAAAGUUGAUGCUGUUGGAUUUGAAUAUUCACAAUUAUUAAUUAGCCAAUUAGCAAGUCAAAGAGAAUAUUAUGAAGAGAUUUUAAAUAAUAAUUAUAAUAUUGAUGGAUCUAAAUUUUUAGAUAAUAAAAAAGAAUUUUUUAAUAGUAAUAAUACGGACAUAAAUAAGAAUAUUAUUUUAAGUCAAACUAAUAAUAAUAAUAAUCAAUAUCUGGAUUUAGAAUCGAAGGUUGAAGAUUUAUCUGUUAAACUAUCAGAUCUAACUACAAAUUUAAUACCAUCAUUGAAAUCAAAGAUUCAAAACAAAGAAGAGAAGUUGCACAAGAUAAGUAUUGAAUUGAAUACUCAAAAUUUAUUAAACGAGGCAUUUUCAAAAAAGAUUGAACAUUUAAAUUUAACAAAUAAGGAACAUUUAAAAGUAAUUGAAGAUUUAAAAUUAGAAAAUGAAGGUUUAAAGGAACAAAAUAAUGAUUUAAUGUUUUAUUUAGAUAGUAAUCAAAAAUUUGAAAAUCAACCAGAAGAUGUUAAACAAGGUAAAGUAGUGAUACAACAACCACCAUCAACAACUUCAUCGUCAUUAAAAAAGAAGAAAAAAAAGAAACCAGUUGCAAAUAAAAAUUAG